GUACGGGUUUCCGCUGAACUGGAAGCCGUGCUAGAAAACCAAACUAAAUUCAUUCCAAACGCCUAAUUAUUCCUGGGCGAACAACCCAGUGGUCUAUUCAAAAUGUUUAUCGGCAUUUGUGGCAGUAAACCUCCCCCAAAACCCACUCCCCAACACUUCUCACUCCAUCUCUUUCUCGAGGCCACUAUUUGACUUGAACAACUACCAGGCAUCUGCGCUGGAAAGCACACUAUUGCGCGCUACCUUGUUGAGCAUCACGGUUUCACCCAAAUCUAUCUCAGCUCUGCUGGUAACACUGUAGAUGGGUUACCCUCAAGCAAUAGCAGCUUGAGCAACAGCCGGCAGCAGCGAGUCUUUUCCGCCCCCGAUGAGCUCCUCGACUUCAUCACCAAGCGCUGGCGCGAGAGAUGGGUCACCACCGACAUCCCCAACGAGGAGAUCCUCGACAUGUACAUGCGUCGGCCCUUUUUCCUGCUCAUCAGCGUGGACGCGCCCUUGACAGUCCGCUGGGAUCGCUUCCAGAGGCGACAGUCACUGCAGCGCUCGGCACCGGCAGGGGCUGCAAAACCACCAGCAGCAGCAGCCACCCCUAAUUCCUCUUCCACACCCACAACGGACUCCGAUUCAAGCAGUAGCGCCAUCACCACGCUCGACUCCUUCGUCAUCCUCUCGGACAAGCAUCUCUACGACCCGGUGACGGGGCACAACCCGCUCAUGUCGCGGGCGGCGGUUCGGCUGCUCAACACGUCGUCGGACCUGGCGCACCUUUACGCGACGCUGGGGAAACUGGACCUGCUCAACGCGGACCGGCUGCGGCCCUCGUGGGACUCGUACUUCAUGGCGCUCGCGUCGCUGGCCGCGCAGCGGAGCAACUGCAUGAAGCGGCGGGUGGGGUGCGUCGUGGUGCGCGACAAGCGCGUCGUCAGCACGGGCUACAACGGCACCCCGCGGGGGAUGCGCAACUGCGGCGAGGGCGGCUGCGCCCGCUGCAACGCCGGCCAGGGCUCGGGACACGGUCUGACCACCUGCCUGUGCAUCCACGCCGAGGAGAACGCCCUCCUCGAGGCCGGCCGCGAAAGGGUCCGCGAGGGCGCCGUGCUGUACUGCGACACCUGCCCGUGCUUGACUUGCAGUAUCAAGAUUGUGCAAGUGGGUAUCAGCGAGGUUGUGUAUAGUCAGGGGUAUAGCAUGGAUGGAGAGACGGCCGCGGUGUUUAGGGAGGCUGGGGUGAAGUUGAGGCAGUUCGUCCCGCCUGCGAAUGGCCUAAUUCACCUCGAAAAACCCGAUAUGUAUAGCUAAGCCUCCAAAAUCCGGUCAGCAUCUGGAGCUUAGGGCCUAAAUCUGGCACGCACUCCGCCCGGUUUCAUAGUUAUGAGCGAUUUCUGUUCAAGCAGGAAUACUCCAUGUGACCGACCAUCUCUAGCUGGAGUGACAGUCUCGAGUACAACGCGGCAAUAGUAAAUCCUGCUAGAUCUUCGCUGAUUCUGCGUUUCGUGCCAACUGAGAAUAGACGCUUUCCGGAUUUCAGCUAGUCCGGAUGUGUGGCAAGGCCAAAGGCAUGUUUACGUCCCUACUCAGACUUACCCCAUGGUUAGCCGAGGGAUGAGAUUCUGCGUGAAGCAUUCGGCAGUUUUGACACGCGUAAGGAGAAUCAUGUAGUGCCAGAAAGAAUUGAGAGACGUUCUCAAUCCCUGCCACCUC